UUCGUAAAAAUGACGAGCAAAGAAGUUCAUUCUACGGCGCAACCAUCGGUAUCAUCUACACAGGCGAGGCCUCCUGCGGUGAAAAGCGAACCAGCCACUACAACUACGACGUCGGCGCCCCUUGGGGACACACUGGACGACUUUUAUCAACAACUCGAAGACUACACUCCAACAAUUCCUGACGCAGUAACUGGAUAUUACCUUAGCAGAGCUGGUUUUGAAACAGACGACUCAAGAAUUAUCCGUCUCAUUUCUCUCGCUGCUCAGAAGUUCGUGUCCGAUGUGGUAACAGAUGCAUUGCAACACGCCAAGAUGAGAGGCUCCGGUCAGAGUUCGAAGAAGUCGGGAAAAGACAAGCGAUACACGUUGACCAUAGAAAACUUAGCUCCAGCUCUAUCUGAAUAUGGUAUUCACAUAAAGAAGCCGUAUUAUUUCACGUAGAAGUAGCUUGUGCGAAUCAGAUGUGAUAUGACAAGGUGGUAGCUACUAA